AAUUAAGAGUCACACCAAUGCACUUCAGCACCCUAAAGCUGCUCGAGCUGCAGGAACUGAGCAGGUACGUCCACGGCUUAUCUUUUGAGGCAGGUAUGAUGAGCACCAAAGAGGAGCCAGAACUUCAGGAGAGCCAGAUCGCCACGAUACAUCAUGCAGGGAUGCACAACGCGUUGGGGACGCGCUCGGCCAGCAUCGCCCUGUCUUCCACCGGCUCCUGGCGAGACGCGUCGCGCAACUGGGGCUGGCUGCUGUCCGGGGCCGUGCUCCUCAACGUGCUCAUGCUCGGAUGCGCGCUCGUGGGCGGCAGCGUGUUUAACGCGCAACACAUAACCAGCGUGCACCUGCAGCUCUACCUCGUGGUGCUGAUCCUCUCCACUACCGUCUGGAUGGUCUUCUACAAGGCGUACACGUGCCGCGAGGACGAGGCUGUGCUCUACAAGGAUGUGCACGCCGGGCCCGUGUGGCUCAGAGGUGGCCUGGUGCUGUUCGGUAUCUGCAGCUUAAUCAUGGACGUUUUUAAGACCGCCUUCUAUGUGGGUCUUGUGCACUGUGACUCACCUGUGAAAAUCAUCUUCCCUGUUGUGCAAGCCAUGUUUGUUUUGGUGCAGACUUACUUUCUCUGGCUCCAUGCCAAGGAUUGUGUGCAAGUGCAGAGAAACAUAACUCGCUCUGGGCUAAUGCUCACCUUGGCCACAAACCUGAUGAUAUGGAUGACAGCAGUGACAGAAGAGUCUCUCCAUAAAACAGUGUAUACCAAUGAUACCGGUAACCAUGGUUCCCGUAGUGUCUUACUUAGAGCUAGCUCGCCUAACGGUAACAGCAGUUGCACGUGCAGUAUCACGGCAUGCGGCAUCUUUGAAGAUGCCUACUAUUACCUCUAUCCGUUCAACAUUGAGUACAGCCUGUUUGCCUCAGCCAUGGCUUAUGUGAUGUGGAAAAACGUGGGCCGGCUGCUGGAUGACCACGGGCAUCAUGAGCACCGCUUCCGCAUGCGUGAUGUGCUGAUUGGCCCAGCCUGUGGCCUCCUGGUGUUGGUGGCUGGCCUGACCAUAUUUGUAGUGUAUGAGGUGGAUGCAUCAUCUGACGAGAAGGAGAAGAAGGACACGGCCCUCAUCAUGUACUAUGUGGCCAACACAAUCACAGUGGUCAUGAUGUCUGUGGCAGCAGCAGGCGGCUGUGCUCUGUACCGGCUGGAGCAGCGUGAGCACGCAGUGGGCAAGAACCCAACACGCAGCCUGGAUGUGGGGCUGUUACUGGGAGCCUCUGUAGGCCAGCUCACCAUCUCCUACUUCACCAUUGUGGCCGUGUUGGCGAUUGGUGUGGGCGGCCUAGUCAACGCCCUCAACCUGGCCUGGAGUGUGCUAACUGUAAUCGAGCUUUGUGUACAGAAUGUGUUCAUUAUUGAAGGCUUGCGGCGGGAACCACACCAGGACACACGCCGUGCCAGCAUCUUCUCCAAUCUGCUCGCCUUGCAAGCACACGAUGAGUGCCGGAGGUCCAGUAACGUGCUCACGCCUCGUGGCUCUAUUGCCAUCGCGGUCCACAAGCCCCUGCCCUGGAAGAGGAAGCUUCUCAAGGAGAUCUCGUCAUUCCUGUUGCUUUCCAACAUCAUUCUUUGGAUCAUGCCUGCCUUCGGAGCACGCCCACAGUUUGACAACCCCCUUGGAGAGGAUUUCUACCAGUCUAGCAUGUGGGGGGCUGUGGUUAACAUUGGACUGCCUUUUGGGAUCUUUUACAGAAUGCACUCAGUAGCCAGUCUUUUUGAGGUGUUCCUUACCUCUUGAAUCUACAGCCUUAGAAAAUACCUGUUCAUAUUUUAUAAAACUUUUUUUUUUUUAUAUGAUGCAAUCUGUUUGUUUAAAAAA